AAAACAUCACAAAAGAAAGACGCCUAACAGUACAGUUCAAGGUGAUCCAAGUGUGGUUGGAAUCCUAUUGCGGCGCUACGUUACGUUUGGUGACUGAAACCGAUGAUCCCGACCACGAGUAGGCAAGCUUUUGUUGUCGUCGCUAUUACCUUUGCCGCGCUGGUUAUCGGUGCUCGAGCCGCUUUUUUUUCUGCGCAGCCAUCCUUACCAUCCACAUGCCCAAGACCAAGUCAAACAAGCGCACGAUCUGUAUUUCAACACAAACGCACCAGCCAAGGUCGAGCGACUAGAAUUCCAACAACCCGAUUCCACAAACAACAGAUCUCGUGCUCCCCAACUGCGCUGUGCGUUUGUAGCGUACACGGACAACGCCGGGAUGUGACAAUUCCUCUUCUCGAUCUGAUCAUCGCCGAGACGGAUGAGGAUAGUUACUUGUCGGAAGAGGACGAACUGACUGAAUCCAUGGUCCAGCCCCUGCCAUCGACACACUUACCCGAUGAACUAACAACUCUCAACGUCUACGGGAUGCAGCUGAGCCGUCCUGUACACAAACGCAUUAUCCAAGAUGCCUUGGAACGGGGCGAAAGGAACGGAGUGGGCGAGUUGAAUGGGAUGGAAAAGGUGUUUGGGCACGUCGCGUACAAACCCAACGCCAAUAGCUUGAUCGGAGCCAUCGGUUGCACGGCCGAGAUACUGAUGCAAGCAAACACUGGAGACCUAGACGGGGAUGAUGAUAAUAUUGUGGAUCCGGAAGAAGACAGUAUACCUCAGACGGUUCUUUGUCGAGGAUCGUAUCGGUUCAUUGUUAAAGAACUCGUCCAGACGAUUCCGUUUCCGGUCGCAAUUGUCGAUGAGCUUUGUGAUGAAGAAACUGGUAAUUUGACGACCAACGCAACAAUCGUGUCAGCCGUAGAGGAGGACGAGGAAGACGACGACGAAGAGGAUAUGAUUGACGACCACGCCACGCCCGCUGAAUUGGAAAAACGCUGCAUGGUUGCCAUGAAAGACUACGUGGAUCAGCAGCUGGAUGUCUUGAUACGAGACAUGACUCCUCUCGAGCAAUCCAUUCUGGAAGACACGGAUAACCGCGUCAACUUAACGGCUCAGCGCCAUGCUGCUGAAGAAGCUGCAGCCGUGUACAGCGUUUUUGAGCAGUAUCUGGUUGAUUUAUGCCCAGGACCAACCGAGCGGUACUUUGCAGUUGCGUUUCUGGCCGCAGAAAUGGCUAACAUGGAGAAUGAUGUCCGGCGGACCAUAUUACGACUUACAAACGGUAUCGAUCGACUACGAUACGUAACCCACGCAUUAGAAGAAGUCGUAGGUAUGGCGCGGGCACGUAGGAUGGCGCACGCUAUCACUGAUCCGGUAAAUGACGACCGAGAGAGUACCGAUGAGAAUUCCUUGAUGAAUUUGAAGGUUGGGACACCGGCCUUGCCACCUUGGGCCAAGUCAAUUCGGCAAGGGAUGCGGGUUGAAUACUACUGGAACGAAGUAGAGGGUUGGUGCGAAGGAACCGUGAUGGAGGAGCCCAUCCAGAUCGUGGACGAAAUUAUCAUGACGGUGCGUUUUAGUGACGGGGAAACACACAGGUUGCCGUUCACUGCAGACGAGAAAGUACGAUGGCGACCACCGCAACAAUCGUCUGAGUAGCCUGAAAAAUUUGUAGCCAUCUGUGCAACAAAUUCAUUAGAAGAGAUAGCAAAGCUUCGAAUGACAGCCUAUUUUUUGUAGGGCCGUGUUGGUCGCAAAGCCAUUCCAACCGAGUUGCGAAAUCCCGAUUGUGAUCGUUUCACAAUGCAUUUUGUCUUGAACAAUUCGCAGGGCAUUACCCCACUUUAAAGUCAUUCAUUUAAACAACACGGAUUUCGUAUUUUAGCUUCGUUGGUUUUUGUCUUCGAGUUUGCCAUUUGAAUGCCGCGAUGGGCCUUUUUUUCCUGCGUGGGAAUGUCGUGCCAGAGACUGCGGACCUUCUACAAUCG